UGCGCAUUCGGACUUGACCAGCGCUUCCAUCAAAAGCACAACGAAAGCGCGCGCGGAAGCAUUUCGGAGCCUUCUGUCCCGGGGAGCGGCAGUGUCAGAGUUUGCUCGGCUUUGGUCGCCUUUAUCGAACAGUCGCGGCUCCCCACUGCGCUUUGUGCUCCGGAAACGUAGGCUGCAUCUCCAGAUCCAGCAGCAUGUUUGAGGCGCGGCUGGUGCAGGGCUCCAUCCUGAAGAAGGUGCUGGAGGCGCUGAAGGACCUGAUCACGGAGGCGUGCUGGGACGUCAGCUCCUCGGGCGUCUCUCUGCAGAGCAUGGACUCCUCGCACGUGUCGCUGGUGCAGCUCACGCUGCGCAGCGACGGCUUUGACUCCUAUCGCUGUGACAGAAAUCUCGCCAUGGGCGUCAAUUUGAGCAGUAUGUCGAAGAUCCUGAAGUGUGCCGGCAACGAAGACAUCAUUACUCUGCGUGCGGAGGACAACGCGGAUUCCCUCGCGCUGGUGUUUGAGACGCUCAAUCAGGAAAAGGUCUCCGAUUAUGAAAUGAAGUUAAUGGACUUGGACGUGGAGCAGCUUGGAAUCCCAGAGCAGGAGUACAGUUGUGUGGUGAAGAUGCCAUCAGGUGAGUUUGCUCGCAUCUGCCGUGACCUUUCUCAGAUCGGCGACGCCGUCAUGAUCUCCUGCGCCAAGGACGGCGUGAAGUUCUCAGCCAGCGGAGAGCUGGGUACCGGCAACGUCAAACUGUCCCAGACCAGCAACGUGGACAAGGAAGAUGAGGCUGUCACGAUCGAGAUGAAUGAACCAGUGCAGCUCAUCUUUGCCCUGAACUAUCUGAACUUCUUCACCAAGGCCACACCCCUCUCCAAAACAGUCACGCUCAGCAUGUCUGCAGACAUCCCUCUGGUGGUGGAGUACAAGAUCGCUGACAUGGGUCACAUCAAAUACUACCUGGCCCCAAAGAUCGAUGAGGAGUCUUCCUGAGCGCGCACAAAUCGCCCGUGACAACCAACUGCUCCGACCGCACCAACAGCCUUGGGAAGACGACCAAGCGAGUCCAGUAACGAGUGUUUAGACGUUCGGUGCCUAUACCGGGUGCAGUGUUGCAGGCGCUCUCAUGCUGUCCUUACAUCCAGUCUUUUUGAACCCCAACUGCAGCCCAGCAUUUUCAGGUUUCCUGCUAUAUCCAAUGUAUAGAUACAUGUCUGUAAAUACAAUGAUGGGACUUGUUCUUUGUUUCUAGUCAAUAAAACGUUUUGUAAUGGUAAGAACUGUGGAGACAAUAUUUAAUCAUGUUUACACAGAUCGAUGUACAGGGGGGCUUGGUGGAACAUUGGUGAAAGGUAGAAAUGUCUUUCACCAGAGACCGGAUAAGUGGAAUUAACUUCGUUUUUCUACCUUUUUACAUAAA